GUCGUCACUCUUGCUAACCCUUAACCCGUUCAUUCGAAAAUGCUAUAAAAAGAAACUUGUGUACGAGAUAUAUGUAUAAAAUAAGAAAAUUUUUGUGCUAGCUUAUUAGUCCUGUUUAUCUUUGAGGAAAAGAAAUUGAAGAGAUAUAAUGAUGGUUCCUUUGCAGAUCAUUACACGAAUGAGUAAAAUUGCUCCAAAAUUUGGUAGGUUUACUUUAAAUGGUAUAAAUAUAUGUUUGAGUCGUAGUAAAUAUUACUACGUAAACGAAGAAAAAGACAAAACCUGGACAGAUAUUAUGGAAGCUGCAACUACUCAUAUGUUUCUUCUUGAAAUUGCACGAGGAUUUGGUCUUAUUUUGUCUCAGUUAUUUAGAGAACCAGCAACUAUAAAUUAUCCAUUUGAAAAAGGGCCUUUGAGUCCUAGAUUUAGAGGCGAACAUGCACUAAGAAGAUAUCCCUCUGGAGAAGAAAGAUGUAUUGCUUGUAAAUUAUGUGAAGCAAUAUGCCCUGCACAAGCUAUUACAAUUGAAGCAGAAGAAAGAGCAGAUGGAUCUCGACGCACUACAAGAUAUGACAUUGAUAUGUCUAAAUGUAUUUAUUGUGGGUUUUGUCAAGAAGCUUGUCCGGUAGAUGCUAUUGUAGAGGGUCCAAAUUUUGAAUUUUCAAGUGAAACUCAUGAAGAAAUGUUGUAUAACAAGGAAAAACUUUUAAAUAAUGGAGAUAAAUGGGAAUCUGAAAUUGCUAGUAAUAUCCAUGCUGAUCACUUAUAUCGUUAAUAAUUGUGUUGUAAUGUAGUAACAAUUGAUGCAAGUAAACACAAAUAUAGAGUAAAUUAAAGGAAAA